AUGCAUUACUUCAUUGAUCAGAUCGCCUUCAAAUCCGAAAUGAGAGGGCCGACAUUCCAAUGCGAGGCAACUGGCGAAGGAUUUCUGCGCCUGCAUUACUUUUCUCACAGACAGGGUCUUUUUCCGAUAGUUAAAGGUCUUGUUCGCCAAGUAUCUCGGCUGCUAUUCGAGAUGGACGUAAAGCUUACUGUGAUCGAACGAUCUCAAGAAAGACGGAAAAGCGGCAUGGUUGAGCACGUGGUGUUCUCACUCGAACCCGAUGAAGAUCAUCGGGCUGGAAAACGUUUUGCCUACAAAUUUAAGCGAGAUACUCGUUCUCAUGGUGAUGCAGAGGAAGCGGAACAAAGCAUUCCUCUCGCCGUCACUCUGCACGAUUUCUCUACUAUAUUUCCCUAUCAUAUUUGUUUCAAUAAACAGAUGGUUGUGGAACAUGUCGGCAGACAUCUGCUGGUUGAGUAUGGAGUGGCAGAUAAGAAAAUGCUGAAACUUAGUGAGCUGGUUGACGUUCAGCAGCUCACACAUAAAAACAUUAUGACAUAUCUGAACACGCUGUUCAUCUUCCAACUGAAACACCACUGCUCACGAAACGAGGUGGAGAAGGGUUCCAGUGAAGCCUUUGUACAACCACUUUCACUGAAAGGCCAAAUGAUGCCCGUGAACGAUGGCAACUACAUUAUCUUCCUCUGCUCACCUCAUGUCACUACAGUGAGAGAUUUUGUGAACCUGAAGCUUUAUCUCUCCGAUAUGCCAAUGUUCGACGCGACACGCGAUCUCGUCAUGCUCAACCAAAAGGAGUACAGCGAAUGCACGGUCAUGUUCACGGAUGUGCCUGAUUUUUCCACCAUCAACGGAAGCUGUAAACCUGCUCAGGUCAUGGAUAUCAUCGCAACGCUCUUCAAGCAAUUCGACGUACUCAUCGAGAAAUAUGAAUGCAACAAAGUUCUGUCAUUACUGGACAGUUAUUUGAUCGUGAGCGGUGCACCCAACGUCAACACCUCCCACGCUGUAAACAUACUCAAUCUCGCUUUGGGUAUCAUUAUUUUGCUGGACGAAAAAGAUGUGAGAGUGGGCAUCAGUUGUGGUUCAAUCGUUGCCGGUGUGGUCAGCCAUGAGAAACCAAGGUUAACUUUUUUGACAGUUAUCUACCAGCGAAUCUCAAAGGAAUAUAAUCACUAG